AUGGGGUCAAGUCGGGGUAGGAGAGUGGGUGGUGAUGGCAGCAGGGGAUGGUGGUGCUGCGUGCUGCUGGGAGAUGGACAGGCAUGGAAGGUGAGAGGGGCUGUGAAAUGGGCACUUACAGGGUGUAUGGGGUCAAGUCGGGGUAGGAGAGUGGGUGGUGAUGGCAGCAGGGGAUGGUGGUGCUGCGUGCUGCUGGGAGAUGGACAGGCAUGGAAGGUGAGAGGGGCUGUGAAAUGGGCACUUACAGGGUGUAUGGGGUCAAGUCGGGGUAGGAGAGUGGGUGGUGAUGGCAGCAGGGGAUGGUGGUGCUGCGUGCUGCUGGGAGAUGGACAGGCAUGGAAGGUGAGAGGGGCUGUGAAAUGGGCACUUACAGGGUGUAUGGGGUCAAGUCGGGGUAGGAGAGUGGGUGGUGAUGGCAGCAGGGGAUGGUGGUGCUGCGUGCUGCUGGGAGAUGGACAGGCACGGAAGGUGAGAGGGGCUGUGAAAUGGGCACUUACAGGGUGUAUGGGGUCAAGUCGGGGUAGGAGGGUGGGUGGUGAUGGCAGCAGGGGAUGGUGGUGCUGCGUGCUGCUGGGAGAUGGACAGGCAUGGAAGGUGAGAGGGGCUGUGAAAUGGGCACUUACAGGGUGUAUGGGGUCAAGUCGGGGUAGGAGGGUGGGUGGUGAUGGCAGCAGGGGAUGGUGGUGCUGCGUGCUGCUGGGAGAUGGACAGGCAUGGAAGGGUGUAUGGGGUCAAGACGGGGUAGGAGAGUGGGUGGUGAUGGCAGCAGGGGAUGGUGGUGCUGCGUGCUGCUGGGAGAUGGACAGGCAUGGAAGGUCGCCCUUGUCCAGGUACCACCUCCCCCCAGCCACCUACAGAAGCCACCCCUUCCACCGAGUCAUCUCCCUGGCUGCUGUGCCGCACCGGCCUGGGUGGGUGCUGGGGUGCUCGCAUGGCGGCUCUGUUGCCCUCUGGGAUGUGGAUCGGCGUGUGCUCCUGAGUGCAUGGCACAGCCUUGCACACUCCAUUCUCAACCUACACGUUUGCUCGCUCUCCUCCGCUCCUGCGGCUGCUGAUUCUGCCGGUGCUGCUCCUGCUGGUGCUGCUCGUGUUGAAAAUGCUCAAGGGUUGGGGAAGCAAGCAGACAAGGAAGGGAACGGGGGGAUAGAGGGGCUGGAAUUGCUGCUGUUGCUGGAAACGGGGGAAAGUGCGGAGAGCAAGCAAACGGAGAGCAAGCAAACGGAGAGCAAGCUAACGGAGAGCAAGCUAACGGAGAGCAAGCUAACGGAGAGCAAGCUAACGGAGAGCAAGCUAACAGAGAGCAAGCUAACGGAGAGCAAGCUAACAGAGAGCAAGCAAAAGGAGAGCAAGCAACAGCAGGACAGCGAGCGACAAAACGUGAUGCUCGAAGAAGAGUGCAAGAUCACGGUAUCAACAGCGAGUGUGGGGAACAGUCAACAGAGGGUGGUGGUGCGGGCGCCAUACUUACAUUUAGGCGCACACAGGCUGGCGUUUCUGAGCGCGAAAGGGAUGGUGGUGGGGAAGAGAAUCGCAGACAGGCAUCUUGUGGAGCAGCAACUGUUAGGGCCUCAGGGAAGCACAAUCUGCUGA